AUGCAAAGUUCAUCUGGAUCGCCAGAGGCAAUUCUGGAAUGGCUUCAGAAAGAAAUGGGCUACCGGCAUUUAGGGCCGUACGCUUCAUCAUCCNGAGCGCCAGAGGCAAUUCUGGAAUGGCUUCAGAAAGAAAUGGGCUACCGGCCUGUAGGGCCGUACGCUGCAUCAUCCAAGGCGGCCUCAAUGCCGACCGCUGACUCUCUCCGGAAGGUUUGCCGCGGGAACAUGAUCCCAGUCUGGAACUUUCUGCUAAAGAGGGUGAAGUCGGAGAAAACGGUUGAGAAUAUUAGAAGGAAUAUUCUUGUUCAUGGCGCGGAUGGUGGUGGUGGUGGUGGCAACGAUGUGAAGAACAGUAGGGGGAGGAGUAAGGAGAGAUUGGCAGCAGGGAGGGAGGGUUUGGCGGAUAGUAGUAGUAGGGAAAUGGCAUUGCAGGAGAGGGAAUUGGCAGAGAAGGAAGUGGAGAAAUUGAGGCAGAUUGUGAGGCGUCAGCGGAAGGAGUUGAAGACGAGGAUGUUGGAGGUUUCAAGGGAGGAGGCUGAGCGCAAACGCAUGCUGGAUGAGCGAUCUAAUUAUAGGCACAAGCAGGUAAUGUUGGAGGCUUGUGAUCAACAGUGUGAUGAAGCCGUCAAGAUAUUUGCUGAGUACCAUAAACGUUUACAUUAUUAUGUUAACCAAGCUAGGAAUGCUCAGUCAUCAAGUGUUGAUUCUCAUGAUGAAAUGGUUACCAGUUUCCAUGUAAAUAACGAGAAAGAAGCUUCAGCAGCUCUUAAAGGCGUCAAAUCUGCAGAUGGCGUCAUACUUAUUGAGACAGGGAGGGAAAGAAAUAUCAGAAAACUGUGUGAAUCCCUUGCGUCUCAGAUGACUGAAAAGAUUCACAGCUCUUUUCCAGCUUAUGAAGGAAGUGGGAUUCAUACAAAUCCUCAGUUGGAAGCUGCAAAGUUAGGCAUUAACUUCGAUGGUGAUUUAACCACUGAGAUUAUAGAUGUGAUUGUAGAUUGCAUAAGAAGUCCUCCCCAUUUACUGCAGGCGAUCACUUCGUACAGCCAAAGGUUGAAAGCUCUGAUUACAAGAGAAAUAGAAAAAAAUGACGUUAGAGUUGAUGCAGAAGCAUUAAGGUACAAGUAUGACAAUAACACAAUAAUUGAGGCUUCAUCUCCUGAUAUAAACUCACGAUUACACCAUCAGCUUUAUGGAAAUGGGAAGAUUGGAGGUGAUGCUUCUUCAAGAGGGAGUGAAAAUCAACUUUUGGAAAGACAGAAAGCACAUGUUCAGCAUUUUUUGGCCACUGAAGAUGCACUCAACAAAGUUGCUGAAGCUAGAAACAUGAGCCAACUACUUUUGAAACGUCUCCAUGGAGUUGGUGGUGCAGAUUCAAAACACUCACUUACAGCCGCAGGAACAUCAGAGAGUAUGAGCAGCCUCAGGCAACUUGAGUUAGAGGUUUGGGCCAAGGAAAGAGAAGCAGCUGGGUUGCGGGCCAGCUUGAACUUAUUGAUGUCUGAAGUACAGCGCUUAAAUAAAUCUUGUGCCGAGAGGAAGGAAGCGGAAAACUCUUUGAGAAAGAAGUGGAAAAAAAUUGAAGAGUUUGAUUCCCGCAGAUCUGAACUGGAAACAAUCUACAAUGCCUUACUUAGAGUAAACAUGGCACUCUUGGAGGCAAUGGGUGCUAAUGGAUCUACAGGACCUGAAGCAGUCGCUACUGCUGAAAGGAAUGCUGCAGUGCUGACAGCAAGAGCUGGUGGCAGAGAUCCUUCUGCAGUACCUUCUAUAUGCCGUAUUUCUGCUGCCCUGCAGUAUCCUGCUGGUUUGGAUGGCUUGGAUGCUGGUUUAACAUCAGUCUUAGAAUCCAUGGAGUUUUGUUUAAGGCUUCGAUGUUCCGAGGCUUGUGUAUUGGAAGACUUGGCCAAGGCAAUUAAUUUGGUUCAUGUACGAAGGGAUCUUGUUGAGAGCGGUCAUUCAUUGUUGAAUUAUGUUCAUCGUGCACGGCAAGAGUACGAUAGGACAACCAAUUAUUGCUUAAAUUUGGCCGCUGAACAAGAGAAAACUGUUACAGAGAAGUGGAUACCAGAAUUAAAGAAUGCUGUUCUAAAUGCUCAAAAAUUCCUUGAAGACUGCAAAUAUGUCAGAGGCUUGCUUGACGAAUGGUGGGAACAGCCAGCCUCAACUGUUGUCGAUUGGGUCACUGUUGAUGGAGAAAAUGUCGCAGCAUGGCAAAACCAUGUCAAGCAGCUUCUGGCAUUUUAUGACAAGUAA